CACCAAUCAUUUUAUGAAAUUUAUUUGUUCUCUUUUUGCCUAUAUAUCAAACUUCGUCUACGUCCCAUGACGAUGCCAGCUUUCCGACGACGACCACGCCCUCAGAUAUAUAUCAGUUUUCAAGGGAACGACCUGCGAAAAGGCUUUGUCAGCCAUGUCGUGAAGGCCUUAAAAGACGCACGGGUCAACGUUUUCGUAGAUAACGAUCAUGAUCAAUGGGAAAGGAGAGGCCCUCAUCAUCAUGAUGACCACCUUUUCGUCAGGAGGAUCCACAACUCGAAACUCGCUCUCGUGAUCUUCUCUGACCAAUACGCAGAGUCACAACAGUGCUUGAAUGAGCUGACGACGAUCCAUGAGCGCGUGGCCGAAGGGAAACUCAUGGUGAUCCCCAUCUUCUACAAAGUGAACAUCGAAGAAGUUAACAAUUUGGAGGGACGAUUUGGUAAAUGUUUUGAUGAAAUGGUGAGGACACAAGGGAGACAGAAUCAUCAGUUGACCCAUCACAUCGUUGGAUGUCUAAGGUCUAUUGCUAGAAAGCCUAGCUUCACGUCAGGAUACUAUAGCAACGAUAGUGAUCUCGUGGAGGCGAUCAUUCAGGGUAUUAAGAAAAAAAUACCUUAUAUAUCGGCAAAACAAACGAUUGGAGAAGAAGUUUCGGCAGAGCUUCUUUCUGCUUCGGUUGUUGCGGCUUUGUGUUUUUACUUUAUCCCUAUUUCUGUGUUCCCGGAUUUGGGUUUCUUCAUUAGCCCACGUUGGUAUCUAGCUGUUAUGUUGUUGUUUGUUGUCCGACAUAGUCUCCGAUCUAUUCAGAGGUGAUGGGUAAUAACAGUGGAACAUAUGACACGUGACUCUCAACGUACGCCAUAUUUUGCAAAUGAUCGAUGAGCUCUUGGCUUUUUAUGCUUUUAUGUUGUAUGUAUAUAUCUAUGUUUUUUUCUUUGUUCAUCUCAUUAAGGUUG